AUGGGCUUAACUGUGCCAGUUAACCCAAAACCUUUCCUGAACAACCUGACAGGGAAGCCUGUUAUUGUCAGACUCAAGUGGGGUAUGGAGUACAAAGAAUUCAUUACUGCCUUUUUUCCCUACUGUGUGCAGCUUGCCAACACUGAGGACUGCAUUGAUGGGCAAUUCUCUGGAAACCUGGGAGAGAUUCUAAUCAGGUGCAACAACGUUCUGUAUCUCCUAGCCGUUCCAGAGGAUGCAGAGAUAGAGGAUGCAGAGUGA